GAAUGAUCGUCGCCUGUCUUCGGGCACCGGCGGUGGCGUCGAGCAAAUGAAACACUGUUGACGUUCCGCAGCGCACACAGAAUUCGUUUGUCUCACGUUUUCUCUUUCUGUCGCUCUCUCUCUCUCUCUAUCUUGCUCACUCUUUUUCUCUCUUCUCCCUCUCGUUCCCGUUACUGUCGAUACCGUUUCGCCGAUAGUCGACCUGGUUGUUGUUGCGCGUUGAACACUUUUUGUCCUGAUCUAACAUAUUCUCGCAACAUCCAUUGAACCAGAUGUGAGUAUGAUUGUCAACGCAAUUUCCGCCGCCACGACCGUGGCCAAUCGAAUUAACUUAGAUGUUGAUGAAUGAUGGAAACUGAAACUUUAGUGAUGACUAGCAGAAGAAGAAUGGUAAUUAAACCACUAUCGUUAGCAGAAACUCUACAAAGCAAAAAGUCAAAUUUAUUGGAGGAAGCUAAGGACAGUUCUCCGAUUCCAUCUCCUGCAACCAGUGAGAAAAAAAGGAUUUUACUUCAAGAAUCUGAGCUUCCUAUAAUUCCUACAGUACAACGUAGCAAAGUCAAAUUAUCAUGCACAAUUAGCAACAAUUUAACCGACACUGAUGAUUCAGAUUCCAAUGAUUCUACUUUAAACGACAAUCCCACAGAGAAAAAUAAGCCUUCAAAUAAUAAAAAAACGUACUACGCGAUAACUUUAUUUUUGUGUUGGGCUGCUAUUCAGUACUGGAUGAUUGCUGUAGCAGGUUUUGGAGCAGUAUUUUUUGCUGUCUCUGCACUUAUUGCUAUUUAUAUUAACACAGGUACAGGAAAUAAACGCAAUGUAUUGAGCGCAUAUUCUGUGUUUAAUCCUCAAUGCACACCUAUUCAAGGAUCAGCAGAUCCCAAGCAAUUGGAACGUGAAUUAAUUUUUGGUGGUUUAUAAUGUUACAUCUGUUUGAAAGGAUUUUACUAUUUUCAAUUAUUUCCAGGUGCUACUAUAAUUUAUUUACAGUACAGUUUUUAUUGUAAAUUGA